GAAGUGCAGGCGGUUUGUUUGAGCCCGGAUACAACAGCUGUUGCAGUGGCUCUUGAUGGCGGAAUUGUUUCGUUUUUCAUAAUGGAUAAUGAAGGGACAAAAUUCGCGCAUCGGUGGCAACCAGAACGCGGUCGAGAUGUCCAGGAUUUGGUCUUCCUUGAUAACAUCAGCGGGUCGGAUACAUCGUAUGCUUCUUUCUGGCUGCAUUCACUUGCUUAG